AUGAAAAUGAGUAAAUAGUGCCACGGCAUUCGUCACAUCACUCUUCUUAUUAGAGCUACAUGAUACACACACAUAUAAAGAAUUAUAGAUUAAAACCAGUGAGGAACACUUCACUUUGUGCAACUAUUUUUCUAGCUGGACGCCUUUUCCUCUCCUGGAAAAUACUGUGUUUUGUUUCAUGCAGGGAUUUGUUCUGGGGUACCUCCACAAAGACUGCAUUCUUAUGGAUGAGGUUUACAAUCCUAAGAAUACGUAAACCCGCUUUCGGUUUGUUUUGGUUGUAACUUGUAAACCAGAACAUUCAUUCCCACAUGACAGGAGAAACCCUUUGUUUUCUGAUCUGAGCCUCUUCUCUAUACACACACUCGGUUGAUGUGCAAUCCAUUAGUUAUCCUCAUCACCAUAUUCCAACCUUAUGCAUUUUAUGUUAUUACUUUAGCCAAGUAAUGUUAGCUGAGAGCCAUGUCAAAAAGGAACAACUGGCUUACAACCAUUUUGAAGAGAUUUUUCAUUUCAGAGGCAGAUUUCAGACCAGAAAAGGGGAGGAGAAAGAAAUGGAUGCUAGGGUUGUUCUCGGAACGAAGUGGAAAAGAAGCGACUUCAACAAGUACUGACAAUCAGCAUAAGCAGUGGCAGCAGGAGGAUGAAGUCCAAGAUCUAUUCGAGCUCAGAAUCCUCGCUGCCAUUAAGAUUCAGACGGCUUUUCGUGGUUAUCUCGGGAGAAAAGCUUUGCGGGCGAUGAAAGGAAUAGUAAGGCUUCAAGCUAUGGUUCGAGGCCAAGCUGUUCGACGCCAAGCUGUUUUGACCCUCCAACGCUUGCAAUCGGUCGUAGACAUCCAAUCACAAGUCCGAAAAAGAGGCUACAUCAUCGCAAACAUUUCAAAUGAGAAGGACAUUAAGAUAGAUUUGAACAGCAGCCACAAAAUGUGGGACCACAGAGCUGUGUCAAAGGAAGAUGCAAAUGCCAUGUCCUUCAGCAAGAGGGAGGCCUCCUUCAAGAGAGAACGUAUAAAGGAGUACUGGUUAAGUCAUCGGAAGUCAACUUCAGAGUCGGAAAAAA